AUGAUCUUGACGCCGACAAGCGAGCGCAACCUUAGUAAUCUAAAGGUAGCUUUGGAUUCGUCGACAGCGGUGCUCAUUCAAGGGGAUAUAGGAUGCGGAAAAAGCUUUUUGGCAAAUACAAUGGCAGAGCAGUAUGGAGCGAAGGAUACCAUGAUACAAGUCAAUGUCGACGAUUCAUUUGAUAGCAAGGACCUGCUUGGGAAAUUUUCAGCAACAGAUACCCCCGGUGCAUUUGAAUGGGUUCCUGGUCCUCUUACUUCCGCAGUUGAAAAUGGCUAUUGGAUCCUUACAGAGGACAUUGAUUUGGCAUCAUUUGAUGUCUUCUCAGUGCUUCUCUCACUCCUUGAGGAGUCCACUCUUUUUCUGUCCGAUAAAAACAAACGGAUUCGCGCUCACCCGAAUUUCAAGAUCAUAGCCACCCAACAGCUACGUGCCGUUGGUGGUACAUUUACCACACGGAAGGUGAAUUCUAUUCCCUUUGCAGAGCUUUGGGGCACUGUUGUUAUGGAAAGUUUACCACCGGAAGAAGUAUGCACGGUUGCAACCUCAUUCUAUUCCGUACCACGAAGUGUUGUCCAUAACUUGGCUACACUCUUGUCUCCACGUACAGGGGCCCCGUUGGUAACACUGAGAAGUCUGCUUAAAUGGUGUAAGCGAGUGAACAAAGGACUCCCCAAAAUGGACUCUUCGGAUGGUUUUCUUUCUUCAACGGUUCGAGAGCUUAUGUUUCGUGAGGCGUUCGACUGCGUUCUCGCCGGCUAUCCUGCAGGUAAUGAUUUAACAGUCGCUAUGAUAGUCCUCGCUGAAACUCUGGGUAUAUCACCUAACAUUGCCGAUUCGCUUGUGAAAGAAAGCAGACCUGACAUGGAAUUGGCGAAGGAGUACUUUACGGUUGGUCGUGUAACGAUGCCCCUGCAGGGUGGUAUAGUACAAAAUAGAUCUAGUCGUGUCGCCUUUGCUGCCACAAAGCACGCGAUGUCUCUUUUGGAACGAAUUGCCGUCGCUGUUGAGUCUGGUGAAAAUGUCCUUCUAACUGGUGAAACAGGUGUGGGGAAGACAUUUCUUGUGCAGUAUCUUGCGGAUCAGAUUGGGCAGAAGUUGAUUGUACAUAAUCUCAACCAACAAACGGACACAAGUGAUUUUAUGGGAGGUUGGAAACCGCUUGAUGUAGGUGUUGCUGUAAGGGAUGCGUAUCACCGGUUUGUGGAGCUUUUUUCGCAGAGUUUUAAUUCUACUCGAAACGUUCAGUUCUUGGAUGCUCUUCAGGCUGCUCUAAGAAAAUGCUCCUGGUCAGCUGUGGUUAAACAAAUUUUGAAGGGAUAUAAUUCUUUUAAAUUGAAGCACGCCCGACAGCCGUUUGCAGAGGAGUUGGUGGAAAAUUGGUCUUCUCUCGAACACACAGCCAUUGAGUUACUGGAGACGUUGGAAAAGACGAAAACGACUUUUGCCUUCCAGUUUGAAGAAGGCUCUUUGGCGAAGGCCUGGAGAGAAGGUUCUUGGAUUCUCUUGGAUGAGCUGAAUCUCGCGACGACAGAAGUACUUGAAAGAGUUUCUUCUGUGCUUGGAGAUGUUGAUGCUUUGUUUCUGACCGAAAAGGGGAACUGUGAACCGAUAAAGAAGCAUAAGAAUUUUCAUGUGUUCGCCAACAUGAAUCCUCCAACAGACGUCGGGAAGAAGGAUCUCCCGCCCUCUCUGCGGUCAAAGUUUACUGAAUUGUAUGUGAAUGAACCAUUUGAUCGGAAUGAUAUUAAUAUUGUGGUCAAUGAAUACAUCGGUCAUCUUGCGCCUGACUGCAAAACUCAAGAGAUAACAACAUUCUUCCUCGAAUGUGUGGGGGGUUCAAAAUCGUCACUCUGCUCGCUGGACGGCGAAACGAAGCCACCGUCUUUCAGUCUGAGAACACUUACGCGUGCUCUUACGUAUGUUAGAAAAGCUACAUCGCAGUAUGGGUUUGCGCUGGCAUUAUUUGACGGUUUGAUGCUGGGGUUUGCAACAUCUCUGCAGAGGCAGUUCCACUCGGUUGUGGAACAACUGAUAAUUAAAAACGUAUUUUGUGGAAAGCAGCCUCCCCACCCAACUCUGCCAUGCUGCCCAUAUGAGGGGAAGUUCAUAGCUUAUGAGCACUUAUGGUUGCCAAUAGGAUGUGAAGAGUCUAAGACGGAUGAAUCCUUCAUUUUGACACAGAGUGUACGAGGACAUUUGCUAAAUGUCGCGCGAGCGGUUUUCGCUGAUCGCCCUGUGCUUCUUGAAGGCCCCACAUCAUCUGGUAAGAGUUCUAUGGUGAGGUAUCUUGCUGAGCUCACUGGAAACAAGUUUGUUCGUAUAAACAAUCAUGAAAGUACUGAAAUUCAAGAAUAUGUUGGUCAUUACGUAUCUGAUGAGCGAGGUAAGCUUCGUUUUGUAGACGGUAUCCUUGUGGAUGCGGUGCGUAAUGGGUAUUGGGUUGUGCUAGAUGAAUUAAAUCUUGCACCCACAGAUGUUCUUGAGGCGCUAAACCGACUUCUUGACGACAAUCGUGAGCUCUUUGUGGCUGAUACCCAAGAAACGAUAAAGCCUCACCCUAAUCUGCGCAUUUUUGCUACUCAAAAUCCUGCAGGUGUGUAUGGAGGUCGCAAACUCCUCUCAAGGGCCUUCCGUAAUCGCUUCUUGGAAAUCACAGUGGAUGAUAUACCAACUACGGAGCUGUGCACGAUUUUGUGUCAACGGUAUUCACUCAGUACAAGCUUUGCUGAAAAGAUGGUUGAGAUCAUGGUAUCACUACAAUUAAGGCGUCAAGCUUCACAGGUAUUUGCGGGCCGGCAUGGUUUUAUCACUCCCCGAGAUUUGAUUCGUUGGGCUGAGCGUCGCCCUGGUACUUACCAAGAAAUGGCAGAACACGGUUUCCUAUUACUGGCAGAGCGGUGCCGUAAGACUGAGGAACGACAAAUUGUUAAGGAUGUCAUCGAAUCCGUCACACGAACUGAGCUGGAUGAAGAUGAAGUUUACUCACCGCACCACUGGCCUUACGUCAAGGAGUACUAUAACUUGUUAGAAAGUGGUGUUGUUGAUGAAUUUGGUAUUGUAUGGACUGAAUCGAUGCGCCGCCUUUUCACAGUGGUCGGAAUUUGUCUCCACCACAAGGAACCUGUACUGCUGGUUGGCGAGACCGGCAGUAGCAAGACGACUGUAUGCCAAUUGUGGGCGGCGCUCUUGAGACGUCACCUUAGUAUUGUCAAUUGCCACCAACACAGUGAAGCAGCCGAUUUCCUAGGAAGCCUUCGUCCUGCCCUUCCGGAUCAACGAAGUAAGGCUAUUUUUGAGUGGCGCAAUGGCCCUCUUGUGGAGUGCAUGCUUCAGGGUGGUAUGUUCGUGCUUGAUGAAAUCUCACUUGCAGAGGAUAGCGUGCUUGAACGAUUAAACAGCGUUUUGGAACCGUCACGUGUUGUCACCCUUGCUGAGAAGAGUACAGCUGAUGUUAUAUAUGCACAUGACGAUUUUAUGAUCCUUGCGACAAUGAACCCUGGAGGUGAUUUUGGAAAAAAAGAGCUCUCUCCAGCUCUUCGUAACAGGUUCACAGAGAUUUAUGUUCGGCCAACAACCAAUGAGGAAGAGGUUGCAUUGAUUCUAUUGAAGCGUUUGGAGCCACGUCUCGAACCUUGGGCGAAAAAGAUGGCAUCUCUUCUAUGCGAUGCCUCAAAAGCUACAACAUUGUCUGGAGCACCUCAACACAUUAGCAUUCGGGACAUUAUCGGGUGGGUCUCUUUUAUGAAUGCUGCCAACAAUCACCUCGAUGACGGUGUUGCAUUCAUGCAUGGACUAGAUGCCGUGAUUCUUGAUGGUUUUGGUGUUGGAACGGGUCAGAUAGAUUUUGGCACGCGUGGACUGCGUGAUGUCUGUCUGGCAAGGGCCAAGGAUGUGAGUAACAUGGAUGAAAGUUGCCUACAAGUGCCGUUCUGGGAGCUAUUCGACACUAUGGAAGAACCAAGUCUUCCACCAGAGAUGGAGAAACGUUUCUUCUUUGGUGCACCUUCGACGCGCCGAAAUUUGUCGAAACUUCUUCGUGCAAGUAUUAUGCGCAAGGCCGUCCUCCUUGAGGGAAGUCCUGGAGUUGGUAAGACAAGUAUCGUAGAAGCUCUGGGAUGCGCCCUCGGCAAGCGUGUCGUGCGCAUCAACUUGAGCGAGCAAACGGAUAUUAUGGAUCUCUUUGGCACAUACUUGCCCUGCCCAUCAUCUAGCGACACUGAUGGUCCCCAAUUUGCUUGGUCUGACGGUGUUCUGCUGCAGGCUCUCAAGAUUGGAUGGUGGGUUGUUCUUGAUGAGCUAAAUCUCGCAAGUCAGGCAGUGCUUGAAGGCCUUAACGCCCUUCUGGAUCAUCGCUCAGCCGUUUUUAUCCCGGAGUUGAAUGAAGAAUUCCACGCAGCAGACGACUUUCGCGUAUUUGCGUGUCAGAACCCACUAAUGGAGGGUGGUGGUCGAAAAGGAUUGCCCCGCAGCUUUCUUAACCGUUUUACUAAGGUGCGCAUUGAGGCAUUCGAGGUUGAAGAUUUGAUGUGUAUCGUGCUUGCGGUUUGUCCGGAGAUUGACAGUGCCAUACUGGGAAAAAUGGUGCGUUUUGUGGACGAACUGCACCACGAUGUGAUGUUUCGCCGAGCGUACGGAAUGCGUGGAAGCCCUUGGGAGUUCAACUUGCGUGAUGUCCUUCGUUGGUCCAAGCUGAUGGAGAUGUACCAGGCUAUAGACAGACCAUGCCAAUUCGUGGAAAUGCUGUUUAUUCAACGCAUGCGCACAGAUAUAGACAGGAACAAGGUUCGCGACUUGGCGACAAAGUAUUUCGGCCACGGUAUGGAUGAUGCUUACGCUACACGGGAAUCGGACUUUCUCAUCGCUAAUAAUGCUGUUUACUUUGGUGGCUCACUUCUUGCACACCGGAUGCAAGAGCCGGUGAUCUCAACUGGAUCCUGCUACCCAGUUCUUCUUCCUUCCCAGACAGAUGUGAUACGGUCAGUGCUUACAUGUGCGGAACAGAAUCAGUUCUGUUUGCUGGUGGGCCCUAGUGGGGCAGGGAAAACAUUCUGCAUUCGCACUGCGGCAGAGUUGGUGGGGGCGCGACUUGUCACUUUUUCCAUGAACGCGAGCUGCGACACGGUGGAUCUCCUCGGUGGGUUUGAUCAGGUCGAAGGAAAACGGGGACAGUUUGAAUGGCGUGAUUCCCUUAUUCUGGAGGCGAUGCUUUCUGGUCAUUGGCUCGUAUUGGACAAUGUGAACUAUUGCAACGCCAGUGUCCUGGAUCGUCUCAACCCGCUUGUGGAGCCAAACGGAAUGCUCUCGGUUAACGAGGAGGGUCUGGUUGAUGGCCAUGUUCGCGUCGUGUGGCCGCAUCCCAAUUUUCGUCUCUUUGCAACUCUUGACCCAAAGUACGGUGAGAUAUCGCGUGCCAUGCGGAAUCGUGCGGUGGAGAUUUACGUAACACCUAUCAGUAUUCCUUCCAUCGAAAGUGUUGCACUGGCUGGGGCGUCAUCUUCCUCCAGGUCUAUUGAGCUCCUUGGCAAGCUAACCCGCUAUCACCGUGAGUUCGUACUCCGCGGAUUUCAUGCAGAUUCUACUUUACCCAUCUCAGCACAGCUGUCCGAUGCACUGGCAGCGGGUGCACCUAACAUGUUUACGUUGGUAAAGACGGCGACGAUGCUGACUGCCGAGGCUACUUUGGUGGAUCUCAAAGCGGCACUUCUACACAAGUACAUCCAGAACCGCUGUGGUCACUGGGGUGUCAACAAGGCCGAAAUUUUGGAUUCCCUUGAGAGAUUGAUAAAUGAGGACCCACUCGAGCUCCACAGAUGUUUUCCUGCCGUUAUAGACCUCUUGGGUGCUAUGAGCCUGCGUGAAGCGGCAGAUGGUGCAGAUGUUGAAGCAGCUCUCAUACGUAUUCGGGUUCAUCGUAGUGGUUUGGCUCUGAGAACCCUGGCGACAUCUUCUUGCGAAGCCGCACUGGCUCAACACUCCGUUCGGGAUCUGGCAUUGUUUUUUAUAUUGGAACAGUGCAGGGAUGCUAUACCCAGCGAUACGCUGACGACUGCAAGUAGGCAGUUUGUUUCCUCCACUAUGGCAGCUCUGCUUUCUGAAGGUGAGAUGAACGACACAUUGCUGUUAUUCUCACCACACUACAACCAGAGUUCAGCUAUGCCACUCGAUUCUCUUUGGUGUCGUUCCCUUGAAGUAUUGGGUCCACACGCUCCGUGGUUGAAGUUCUUGCGUGGCGCCCGGCCGUUGAUUUCCGAUUCCCCAGUUCUUAACACUGCUUUUCACCGGGUGCUUACCACCCUCUCCGAAGCCGUAGGGACUGUUUCAUUGCCCCAGCUUCAGCAACGUAUAUUCCGUUACUUGUCUCCUUUGAUGCGUCUGAUACACGACUCCAAUUCCACCUUCCAGGUGAGUAGAGAGAACUUUGUUGCAUUAGUAACACGCGUGGCGCUACUCCAAUCAGUAGCAAAAAAACAAACAGUGUUUGACGCCCAUGACCUUGUUAACACCAUUGAUGAUUUCUUUGCCUCACUGCGCCGGUAUCUUGAUGUACCAUACCACCUUGUGGCUGAGAAGUCAGCGGUGCAAAAGCGUGCUGUUCGUCCUCACAUCACCACUAUGGACGAGCGUAACGCACUUGCUGCGUGGAGCGCUGCUGCAAAUGCUGUUAUAGUUGGGCCUCAUGAGCGUUUGAUAAAAGCACUUUGGCGCCCCGCUAUAUUCCGCACUGAGUUUGCGCUGCUGCAGCGUGUUCAACAGGUGAGCAAAGGGGGCUCUGCUGCGUCUGCAAAGGCUCUGCAGGGCGACGUUCGUCAGUUCAUUGAUCUCUACUCCGUGAAGCUGCACGUUUUGACAGAGCUUGAGGUUACUUUGUGGAGAGUACUCUCCCUCAGGCUACAGGAGGGCCAUGACAGUGAAGCCCUGGCUGCUUUGGUGCCGUUGCUGACAACACACUUCGCUGCGCGGCACGGUUUGACUGGUGGGUGCCACUGUCUGUACGGCUCGUGGACCGGCGCCGCGCAGGAGGCUCUCGAAUACGCCUCCCAAGUUUCUGUCGUAUCAAUUGGCUCUCAGAGAGGUGCCCACGCGGACACCAUCACAGAACUUCUGAGCUUUUGCAGCGUGCUGCCUGUCGUGGGCGUGAACCCCUUUGAACAGUUGGAGCUUAACUGUAUGAAGGAGCUGCUUGAGAUGCUAACUGCACAUGCCCCGGAGUUUAUCCCCGCUAUUGUAGCGAAGAAGAACGUGCCCACAAGACAGUUGCCGACGUCAGUAACGGAACUGGUCGAUGCGGUGCGUGAGCUGCUGUGUGCAUCACCCGUUGACCCAGUGGUGGAUGCGGCACGUCCGCUCUUGCAGAUGGUGGUGCACGAAGGCGCAUGCAGCACGACUGACUCGCUGCGUCGCGUGGCGCUGGUAGGGGCAUUGCGCUGCCGUCUGCUACUCCCCCUUUCCCCGGUCGAUCCCAUGUACAAGUGGUUGGUGAAGAAGGAAAUUGCGUGCGAGGAGAUGGGUCGUUUGUCGCAAUUGGAGGCAGCAUUCAAGUGGUCUGAGGAGAUGUCGAUGCGCACGAGUAGCCAGCAGCGACGGCUUGCGCAGGAGCUCCACUCCACGGAGGAGUUUCUUCUUGUCAAGGCGACGGGGAAGAGCAUCGCCCGACCAGACCCGUCAGGUGUGAAAUUUGCUCAGCUCGUCAACAUGCUCCACCAAAUGUGUGCCACCAUGCUGUCCGAUGAUCGCCUCUCCGCUGUGCUGUCCAAGGAAUCGGCUGAGACUUAUGCGGCGCGGGAUACGUGGAGCGAGCUUCUCUAUCAGCAAUUCAUCAACAUGUUGGAGGAAUUUGGCGGGUACGAGGAUGCCACACUCAUUAUGGCGGAGCCGGCACUCUUUGCAGCACUGGCGGCUCACGUCAGUUGUCUUCUGUCAGUGUCGUCCCACAAGGACAACACACUCUUUAGCAAACCGGAUGCAGCGCGCAUGAUGCAAUUUCCGCAGCUUUGCGUGGCCUCACCAACACUGCCUUCUUCUAGCACGCAUGCGCUGCAGCACCGCCUGACGUAUCUUGAUUCUUGUCUAACGGUUCUGCAGAGUAUGCCAGCGCGGGUGCUGAAGCGCGAGAUUGUCGAAAAUCUGUUCAGGCUGUAUCGGGAGCUGCACCGCACAGUAGAGGAGCUGGAGGCAAAGGAGCGCCGUGAGCAAGAGAUGGCAGUGCUGUAUGCAGAGAAGGCUAUCACCAUUGAAGGGGACGAUGAGAAGCAUCUGCGCAAGCUGAAGAUGUUGUUCCCCAGCUAUGAGGCGGAGUUUCUUCGCAUGCGCGACGCCGAGGAAGACCUCAAUGAGUCUGAUGAACACACUGCUGAUGCUGCUGAUGUGCCGCUUCAGACAUCCUCGUCGGAUCGCGUGGGGCGGCACGCCCGCAUCAUGCUCUCCGGGCCACAAGGGUCGCGCUACGUACGGCGUCUACUUGACGCACACUAUCAGUUUUUCAAAGGGCUGUUGUCGCACCAGGAUUCGGCUGUCUUUGACGGCGACAAGGCGUUACAGGCUUUCAAGGCUCGCUUUGAUGUCCUUUCCAGCGAGCUGCACCGGGGCGGGCACAGCGGUGUGUCUGGGCAGGGAAUACUGCUGCCUGUGGGUGAGGAGCAGUUGCUUUUGGGCGGCUUUGCCGCGCGCACGGCGUUGCUGGCGAAGGAGCUCCAGGUGACAGACAUGUCGCUCGAGGAGAAGCGUGCAGCAGGGUUUAACAUAUUCUCUGACCCUGCGCCGUCGGAGCUGCGUCCAUUCAGUGCCGCGUUGCGGGACCUCAUGCGCGUUGUCGAUGAGCUGCGCGCGACGUACCCCGACACCCCGUCCCUGCACCGCUGCUCCCGCAUUGCGGCGGGCAUUGCGGCGCUGCCAGCGCUCACGACCCCGCUCAUGAAGGUCAUGACCGGCUGUGAGGUGUUGCUCCGGGAAUGCUACGAGUGGGAGCGCAACGCCUCCCGUGACACAUCCAUACUGACGCACAUGACACAACUCUCGUCCUUCGUACUGCGGUGGCGUCGGCUGGAGUUGCACUGCUGGUCACAGGUGUUCACGGCGAAGCGCGAGGAAUGGGAGCUGCGUGCCGGCAUGGAGUGGUUCCGCCUCUGUGACCUCGUUGAAGCCAGCCACACCGCUCCCGAUGAGGCGCUGCCGGAACAGUGCAUGCUGUUCUUCCGCCACUGCACAGACUUCAUGUGGGGCGCGCACUACGGCGAUUUCCAUGUGCGGCUGCGCCUGCUGAAGGCGUUUGGUAUGGAGCUCGUCACCUCCACGUCGUCUGAGCCCCCGUUCGCCAACGUGGCGAUGCAUCUUGUGGACUUCUUUGACCAGUUCUCGAGGUUGGUGGCGGAGAAGCUGAGCCUUGCUCUCGCGCCGCUCGAGGAGGAUAUGGAGGCCUUCACCCGCAUCAUGCGCUGGGAGGACUCCACGUACUACGCGGUACGCGCAACAGCGGAGAAGUCGCACCUUAAAAUGGGCCGAGCGCUGGCCGAACUCGACGAGAUCCUGCGCACGCCCGUGCUUGGCGCCAUCUCGAGCGAGGAGCAGCGUUGUGAGGAUGAUGCGUCGAUGGGCUUCGUCCUUCCUUCGGUGGAGUUGGGGAAGAAGAAGAGCAAGAAGAGCCGGGGCAAUGGAAAGGACACCGACAAUGGGAAGAAAGGAAGCGGACCCUCGACGGCUUCUAAACGCAAACGUUCUGGGAAGCGAAUCUCUUCUGAGACACAUCAGCAGCGACAGGAAGGCAACACCAUCGAAGAGGAAGGUGGGGAUGAGGACGCUGAGGAAGAGGUGUGCGGCCUUGUGGCGCAGGGCGUGCAAUUCCUUAACUACGCUUCAGAGGAGAUCAUCGAGCGCGUAAAAGCACUGCAGGCACCCGGGGUUCCACAGAAUCAAAAAAUGCGUGCACUCAAAACGCUCUUUGACGUCAUGGAGGAGAAUGGUGUGCCGCACACGCAUGUGGAGCAGGUCCCGCCGUGGGAUGAGCUCUUUGCGUCGACGAGUGCGCUGUUGACGUGUCGCAGCAUGAACAGUCACCUUGCUGUGAGCCAGCUGGUCGAAGAGGCGGCGGAGGAGCACUACCGCUGUGCACGCUGGCUGCAGCGCAUGCGUGAUGUCAUGCGGCACCCGCACAAGGACCUCAGUGGUGCACAGGCGAAUCGAGGCACGGGCACUGCAGAGUUUCUCUUCGCACUCGCCGUGACGGAGACAGAGCUGGUUGGCGUCCUCUUCGACGUGCGGCAGCAGGUGGUACUUCUGCGCGACUGCGUCGUCGCGUGCGAGGAGUGCGUCGUUCCCGGUGGUGCGGACUUUCUGCACGCAUCGUUGGAGGUCUGCGUGCAGCUGCAGUGUUUCCUGCACGACACCAGAUGGCUUUUACAGGAGCGUGUAUUUGACCUGGAGGGCAUGCGUAGCAGCAUAGAAGAGCUCUGCUGCGGUACGGAAGAGUUGUGGCGCCUUUGCCUUCGCACAGAGGCGCAGCGCCGUGCGGAUGUGCCAGUGGCGGACGCCAUUGUUGAGCAACACGCUCUGCUGCACGGACGGCUGCGUGCUGUUUGCUCCCGGCUGUGCACUACUGGUGUUGGCUGUGUCGACGCCGCGGCAUCUGCGUUGUGUGCGGCAUUUGAUGCAGCAUCGUCUACACGCAGUGCGGCUACUGCUUCGACCGAAACUAAGGUGAAGCGUGCACGUGUGGAGGCUGGAGGCCCAUGGCCACAGAAGCUGCAGAAGCUCCUUGACACACUGGAGACGAACUUUGCUGCUGCUGAAACUCAGUCGCUCGCUUCGCCCGCGAAGGAGGACGAGGAGGCGGAGAAAGAGGCAGUGUAUCGGCGCUACGCGGUGGCGGUGCGGAAGUUGCAGUGCAGUGCGCUGCACGUCACACAAGCGCUGAACACCGUGCUGUGCGACGCGGGACAGGAGCGGCGACUGCUGGCUUCGCAGCGCCAGGAGUUGGUGGCACGCCUCGACAGCAGCCUCGCGCGUGUUGACGUCUUGCUGCAGGAGAGCAGCGCGGCACUGCUCGCGCAGUCGCGACUCGGCCUCGUGCUGUCACGGCUGCUGUGUGUGCUGCUGAAGAAGGGCUUCUGCAAGCCGGACGACGCUGAGGACGACGAUAAUGACGGCGACGGCGACGGUGACGGCGAGCAGCAGCAGCAGGACGGCACCGGCAUGGAUGACGGGCACGGCGAGAAGGACGUGACGGACCAGAUCGAGAACGAGGACCAGCUGAUGAACAUGAAGGACAAGGAGGAGCAGCCGGAGCAGGAGAAGGAAAAUGAACAGAACGGCAACAGCGACGAGGACAACGCCGCGGAUGUUGAGACAGACUUCAAGGCUGAGAAGGAGCGGCGCGACGAACAGCAGCAGGACGAAGAAGACGACGGUGAUGAUGACGAGUCGGAGCAGGAGAUGGGCAGCGUCGACGGCGACGACGCGCAGGAGCGGAAGCGGAUGAAGAAGGACAAGAACGACGGCAACGACAUGGACAGCGACGACGAGGGCGGCGCCGAAGACAUCCCAGAAGACGCGCUCGCCAACGAAGAGCCCGAUGACGCGCGCCAGCAGGACGCUGACGAAAACGAAACCGGAAACUUUGAGAACCGCGAGGCCGCGCUGCGUGACGCGGAGCAGGAACUACAGGAGGGCGAACACGACCUUGCCGCCGACGCCGACGGCAUCGAGGACGACAACAAGGAUAGCGACAACGACGAUGAUGGUGAGAGCCGCGACGGCGAUGGCACCAUCAGCAGCGGCAGAGAGGAUGACGAGGGCGACGAAGACGGGGAUAACGAUAGGGGCAGCAGAGACCGGGACGACAGCCGCAGCGACGGGGGGUCGACGGACGCAUCCAAAGAGCCACGCGGGGAGGAUGAGGAGGAGAGCAUCAGCAACGACGACGUGGAGGACGGGGAGUCGGCGGAUUCUUACAGCGGUGACGACGACGACGAUCGGCCUGACGAGAGUGUGCACCAUGGCGGCCGGCAGGACGAGCACACCGGCGAAGAGGCAACGGAGCAGAAGCAGGACGACAAGGACGGGAAGCGGCGCGAGGCGGCACAGCAACCGGACGCCGCCGGCACCGAGGAACAGCAGCCCGGCGACGAGCAGCAGCCAGAUGACGCCGGGCGCAACUGGCAGCGGCAGGAGAAGAACGACCCAUCGCGGCGCCGUGACAACACUGAACGCAACGCAUCGUCGCGCAACCCGUACCGCGCCAUCAAGGAGGCGCUGCAGCGCCACGAGCGGCAGGCGCAGCAGCUGAAUCUCAAUCAGCGCGUCGACGUGACAAAGCAAAAACCGCCUACGCAAGAGCAGCAGAAGCAGCAGCAGCAGCAUCUGGAGAAUGAAGAGACGAUUGAGGAGUUUGAGUUUGACGAGGAGGGCGAGCGCGAGGGCAUGGCCGCCACUGACGAAGCGCCGGUACCCGUCACCGAGGCAGAGCGUGAACUGCCGGAGAUGCAGGAAGCGAAGAACAGUGACGCGGGUAGCGACGGCGAGGGCAGCGACGACGAAGAGGCACCGGAGGACACAGCCCGGCGCCGCCGCAAGCCGGCAGAGGACACCACGCUUGACAUGCACAGCGAUGACGAUGACGACGACAACGAGGAGGAGAACACCGAUAAGACAAAGGGCAAGCGCCGUGUGAAAGUCACUGGGAAGACGUCUCGCGCGGAGGAAGAUGACGAGGAGGAGGACGAGGAAGAGGAUCAGCAACAGCAGGACGCCACAGACGACGCGGCGGACAAGAUGCAGCGCGGCCGCCGGCUCUGGCAGGAGCAGGCAGCAGCAGUGCAGGGGCUGUCGCACCAUCUGUGCGAGCAGCUGCGCCUCAUCCUCGCCCCGACGCUUGCCGACAAGCUGCAGGGCGACUACAAGACGGGCAAGCGGCUCAACAUGAAGCGCAUCAUUCCAUACAUUGCCUCACAGUUCAAAAAGGAUCGCAUAUGGCUGCGGAGGACGAAGCCAAACAAGCGCAACUACCAGAUCCUUGUUGCACUUGAUGACUCCUUCAGCAUGCACUGCAACAACGCCGGUGUAAUGUCGUGCCGUGCGGUCGCCCUUCUUGCUGAGGCGCUGCGCCAACUCGAGGUUGGUGAGCUCGGCCUCGCCUGUUUUGGCAAGGACACACGCAUCGUGCACGGCCUCGACGAGCCCUUCACGGGUGAAAGUGGGCCGCGGGCCUUCAGCGAGAUCACCUUUGCGCAGAAGUCGACAAGCCUGCGGCUUCUGUUAGAAACUUCUCUGGACUACCUCGACAACGCCCGGGAUCGCAUGCGCGGGCAGACACGCUCCACUACGGAGCAGCUGCAGCAGAUGAUGUUUAUCAUAAGCGAUGGACAGAUCACGGAGGACCGCACCCAGCUGCGCAAGUUGCUGAUGCGCGCUGAAGAAAACCGACAAAUUGUUGUUUUUGUGCUCCUUGACGUCAAAGCGGCUGCAGCGGCAGCAGGAGACAACACACCAGCUCAGCAGCCGACGCAACCGCAGACGACUACUGCUGCCCCGCUCACUGCGAAGGACCUCACCGGACUUACACCCGCUGAGCGUAUGCGGCGUUUGAAGGCAGAGCGCGAGGCGCGGCUCCACCGUGUGCAGUCAAACUCAGUUUUAGACAUGCAGCUGGUUGAGUUUAAGGGCGGUAAGGUGGUGCGCCGCUCCUACAUGGAGGAGUUCCCCUUCCCGUACUACCUUAUUGUGCGGGAUCUCGAGACCUUGCCCGGGGCCAUCGCUGACGCCAUGCGCCAGUGGUUUGAGCUUCUUAACCUGCAGCAUUAG